AUGGUUGGUUUGAUACGAAAGGAUUGGGCUUCUGGAUUGGACAAGCUCAAAAAGCCAUUCACUGUUUAUAUUGCAUUGCCGCUGGUUGGGCUGUCGACAAGUAUUGUCUUCUUUAUGAGCAUUGCAGCGGUCGUGAUCAUUGUUGUCAUGCUUUCCCAUCAAUAUAGAUCUAAAUUGAAAACACAACCUAGCAAUACGACCAGUAACAACAAGAAAAUAGAUCUUCAAUCGGAUCAGUAUCAACAACAAAGGCAAGCCAUCAUCAAACUCACUUCAGGAAUUGUAAUUCUCGCAACAGGUAUCUUAUUGGAAGCCAUAGGUGCGAUACUUCAUGCAUUAGACAAAACCAAAAACAGAGUGUUUUUCUUCAUAUUGUUACAUACAGUCAUUGCGUUUUUGUUAUUCGAAUUCCAGCUGAAGGCUCUACAAUUGCCCAGCACUACUUUGAUUUACAACAAGAUUAUGCUAGUUUCUCAGUGGUCUUACACAUACGAAGACUCUUUGAUUAUAUCAGUAUCUUUUGGUUCACUUUCAAUUUCAGUUUCAUCAUUCCCAUAUGGCUUAAGUGACAUCCUUGUCGAUCGCUGCACUGGCAACCCUACUAUUGCCAGUGAUUUGGAAAAGUUAAGGAAAACCUUCACCACAGCGAUUGCCAUUCCGUUGGUUGGUAUUUCGACCGCUAUUGUUUUCUUUUUAAGUAUUGGAACGGUGGUCAUUAUCGUUUACAUGUUGAGACAAAAAGCAAAAUUAGUACCUGAUAAUUCAGAACAAUAUCAAUUACAAAAACAAACCAUGGUUAAAUUAACCAUUGGAGUGUCAUUCUUGCAGCAGGAGUUUUAA